UGGCAGAGGUGCGUCUGUUGAGUGAUUGGUGGGAUGGUGACAAAUCUCGCGAUAGCUUUUUGACAACACGGCAAGGAGAGUAUUUUUAAAAUAACAGUAGGAUGAUAAUCCGUGCUUGAAUAAACCCCCCGACGUUACAUGGUGGGGUUUUUUCCCUGCGCGACGUGACAGUCUCGGUGAAACGAAGAUGUGCGAGGAGGAGAGAGCCGGCACGUCUGGGCAGCCUGAUAAGGUGGGGCCCUAUGUUCAGACCAGCCCUGGACCAAAACAAGAACCUUCAAAUACGCAGAGCUUUAUUUUGCAAAAUAAACAACCUCCAAAAAGUUCAAAUACUGGAACUGAUAUGGAUCCGGAAUACGAAGAGAAAAUGAAAAUGGACCGAACCAAAAGAUUUGAAUUUCUUUUAAAACAGACUGAGCUUUUUGCACAUUUUAUCCAACCAGCUGCUCAGAAAGCUCCAUCAUCUCCACUAAAGUUGAAACUGGGAAGGCCUCGAACAAAACUGGAUGAAAAGCAAUCACUGCUUUCAGUUGGAGACAAUCGUCAUCGGCGUACAGAACAAGAGGAGGAUGAAGAACUGCUUUCUGAAAGUAAAAAGGCAUCGAAUGUGUGUGUUCGAUUUGAAGAAUCACCAUCCUAUGUGAAAUCAGGAACCCUUAGAGAUUAUCAAAUACGUGGAUUGAACUGGAUGAUUUCUCUUUAUGAAAAUGGAAUUAAUGGUAUACUUGCUGAUGAGAUGGGUCUUGGUAAGACACUACAGACCAUUGCAUUGCUUGGUUACCUAAAACACUACAGGAAUAUACCUGGGCCACACAUGGUUUUGGUGCCAAAAUCCACAUUGCACAAUUGGAUAAAGGAGUUCAAACGUUGGGUUCCAUCGCUGCGUGCAGUUUGCCUUAUUGGAGACAAAGAUCAAAGGGCUGCCUUUAUUCGGGAUAUAAUGAUGCCAGGGGAAUGGGAUGUCUGUGUUACAUCAUAUGAAAUGGUCAUAAAAGAAAAAUCUGUGUUCAAGAAGUUUAACUGGAGAUACUUGGUAAUUGAUGAAGCUCACAGAAUCAAGAAUGAGAAGUCCAAGCUAUCUGAAAUUGUUCGAGAGUUUAAAUCAACAAAUCGCCUGCUACUGACUGGAACGCCCUUACAGAAUAAUCUUCAUGAAUUGUGGGCUUUACUUAACUUUCUUUUGCCUGAUGUAUUUAAUUCUGCUGAUGAUUUUGACUCUUGGUUUGACACAAACAACUGUCUGGGUGAUCAGCAGUUAGUGGAACGUCUACAUGCUGUGCUUCGACCAUUCUUGCUUCGGAGAAUAAAAGCAGAGGUUGAAAAGAGCUUGCCUCCUAAAAAGGAAAUCAAGAUCUAUGUUGGUCUUAGCAAAAUGCAGAGGGAAUGGUAUACAAAAAUAUUAAUGAAGGAUAUAGAUAUUCUAAACUCUGCUGGAAAAAUGGACAAAAUGCGUCUCUUGAACAUCUUGAUGCAAUUGCGGAAAUGCUGUAACCAUCCAUACCUUUUUGAUGGCGCUGAGCCUGGCCCUCCUUAUACUACAGAUACUCAUCUGGUCUCCAAUUGUGGCAAGAUGGUGGUUCUAGAUAAACUGCUGCCGAAACUCAAAGAACAAAAUUCUAGAGUCCUCAUUUUCAGCCAGAUGACCCGUUUGAUGGAUAUUCUUGAAGAUUACUGUAUGUGGCGUGGCUAUGACUACUGUCGUCUUGAUGGGCAAACACAGCAUGAAGAAAGAGAGCGAGCUAUAGAUUCUUUCAAUGCUGUCAACAGUACGAAGUUCAUAUUCAUGCUGAGCACUAGAGCUGGAGGUCUGGGCAUCAACCUUGCAACCGCAGAUGUUGUUAUUUUGUAUGAUUCGGAUUGGAAUCCACAAGUGGACUUGCAAGCUAUGGAUCGUGCUCAUCGUAUUGGCCAGAAAAAGACAGUUCGGGUAUUUCGGCUUAUCACUGAUAACACAGUAGAGGAACGGAUUGUGGAAAGGGCUGAGAUGAAGUUGCGACUUGAUUCUAUUGUUAUACAGCAAGGGAGACUAAUUGACCAACAGACAAACAAACUCGGCAAGGAUGAAAUGUUGCAGAUGAUUCGUCACGGUGCGACCCAUGUGUUUGCCACCAAAGACAGCGAGUUAACUGAUGAGGACAUUGACACUAUACUAGAGAGAGGAGAAAAGAAGACAGCUGAACUGAAAGAACGUUUGCAAAAUCUUGGUGAGAGUUCUCUUCGAUCAUUUACAAUGGAAACUGAAAGUUUGUAUAGUUUUGAAGGAGAAGAUUAUAGGGGAAAACAGAAGAUUGGGUUGACAGAGUGGAUCGAACCACCCAAACGAGAACGAAAAGCCAAUUAUGCAGUGGAUGCAUAUUUCCGGGAGGCUUUACGUGUCAGUGAGCCGAGAGCCCCAAAGGCACCUCGACCUCCAAAGCAGCCAAGUAUUCAAGAUUUCCAGUUUUUUCCACCACGUCUAUUUGAACUAUUGGAGAAAGAAAUCCUUUCCUACAGGAAAAGCAUAGGUUACAAGGUCCCUAGAAAUCCUGACUUGCAUAAUGCAGCACAAGUACAGAAGGAAGAACAGCGGAAGAUCGAUGAUGCACUCCCUCUGAAUCAGAAGGAAAUUGAAGAAAAAGAAAGGCUCCUAACACAGGGCUUCACAACUUGGAACAAACGGGACUUCAAUCAAUUCAUCAAAGCCAAUGAGAAAUAUGGCCGGGAUGACAUCGAUAAUAUUGCUCGUGAGGUUGAGGGAAAGACCCCUGAAGAGGUCAUUGAAUAUUCAGCUGUUUUCUGGGAACGUUGUAAUGAACUGCAGGAUAUUGAGAAGAUUAUGGCCCAAAUUGAGCGUGGAGAAUCAAGGAUUCAACGACGGAUUAGCAUAAAGAAGGCCUUAGAUGCAAAGAUGGCAAGGUAUAAAGCUCCAUUCCAUCAGCUGCGUAUUCAGUAUGGAACUAACAAAGGAAAGAAUUACACAGAGGAGGAAGACCGCUUUCUGAUCUGCAUGCUGCACAAGAUGGGCUUUGAUAAAGAAAAUGUGUAUGAGGAGUUGCGGCAGUGUGUGCGCAAUGCACCACAGUUUAGAUUUGACUGGUUUAUCAAGUCCAGGACUGCAAUGGAACUCCAGAGGCGAUGCAAUACAUUGAUAUCACUGAUAGAGAAAGAAAACUCAGAACUUGAAGAAAAGGAGCGCGCUGAAAAGAAACGGCGAGGACCUAAGAUAGGAAUGGCACAGAAGAGAAAGGCAGAGCCAACUCCAGAAACUUCUGGACGAAAAGAUUGGAAAAAAAUGAAGAAUUAAAUCAGUAUUCAAAUGAAGACUGCAUCUUGGUUAAACAAUAUUGUUUCUUUUUUGUUGCUUUUCUGCCUUGUAUAUUAAUUGGAAAAAAUAGGAUGCAGUUUCAAUAAUCUCAAAGAAUUUUAAAUACAUUUGGAAACAGGAUUUUUUUGUGCUAAACAGUGAAUGCUUAUUUUUGUUUUUAAAUGUCUGUGUCAUUCCAGUAUUUUAAGUCUGUCCUGCAGUUGUCCAUACAGUAAUCUACUGGCAUGCAUUUUAAGAUAUUGGUUGUUUAAGAUAAAAUCAUAGAGCCUGUGUUUGUACAUGACUGGAAAUUGAAGCAAAUUGGGAUACUCAGCAAGGUAUUUGUUUGGAUCUCUGGGUUGGUUUUCCAAAACCUGCAUCAUUUUUAAAAAAAAAAAUAAAUUUGUUUCUUGGAUAUUUCCCUUUUAUCGUGCAGUUUUACAUGUAAAAUAACAAUGCUGUCUAUUGGAGGGAAAGCAACGUAUAUCUGAACUGGAAUAUUCUUUCAGUGUAUACUGUAUAUUCUCUAAAUGCAUAAUGCAUUUGGGAAGAUCAUAUUUUUGUACUAAUAUUUCUCUGUUUGAAAAAAUUGAUGGGUUCUCUUUAUGAAGUUUGCUUUCCCAACAAUUCCAUUUUGAUCUCACCUUAUCCAUUCUUGGAUAACUACUGUGAAAUUGUAAGGAAUUGGAGCUCUUGGUUUCACAACUUCCACUGUACACCAGUUGCUCCAGUGUUGAAAUCUCUGUUGAUGCCAAUGGAUCAGUCACUGUCCUUAAGCUGUCUGUAAAAUCUUCAUAAUUAUUUCAUUUUGUCUUAGAUCUAUGUAAGCCUACUUGAUUAUAAGGAGCAAGUGGGUUAGAGUGUCAAUACUGAAUGCAGAAUCAGCCUUAGUUCCAACGUUCAUGCUAAAGGAAUGUUGGAAGGAUGAAUAGCGUUGAAUUUUCGUGUCACCUUGAACACCUCUAUCAAGUUAUCUCUCAUUCUGUUUUGCUCCAUAGAGAAAUUCCCUAGCUUGCUCAACCCAUCCUCAUAAGACAUGCUCUCUAAUCCAGGCAACAUUCUGGUAAACCUUUUCUGUACCUUCUCCAGAGCCCUGACAUCCGUACUAUAAUGGGGCAACCAGAACUGUAUGCAGUACUCCAGAUGGGGCCUAACUAGAUUUUAUAAAGCUGCAACCUAACUUCAGUGCCUCAACUAAUAAAGGCAAACAUGCCAAAUGCCUUCUUAAUCACUCUAUCAACCUGUGCAGCUACUUUCAGGGAGCUAUGAACUUGGACUUCAAAAUCUGUCUACUUUUCAGCGCUGUUAAGGGUCUUGCCUUAAAUUGCUGCCUCUUUACAUUUGACCUGCCCAUAGCUGCAACUGUAUGAUAUCUGGUAGGCAGAGGGGUUGGGAUGACUCUGAUGGUUAAAUAUGAAAUCGAAUAAUUAGGAAGAGUUGACAUGGGAUUAGAAGAUGUAGAAUCCUUGUGGAUAGAGUUAAGAAACUGCAAAGGUAAAAAGACCAUGAUGGGAAUUAUAUACAGGCCUUCAAAUAGUUGCCAGGAUGUGGAAUAUAAAUUACAAAGGGAGAUAAAUAUGUCAUGUAAUAAGGGCAAUGUUAUGAUAGUCAUGGGGGAUUUCAAUAUGCAAGUGCAUUGGAAAAACCAGGUUGGUGCUGGAUCCCAAGUUGUAGAAUCCCUAUGAGAUUGCUUGUUAGAGCUGCUUGUGGUUUAGCUCACUAGGGGAAAGGCAGUUCUGGAUUUGAUGUUGUGUAAUGAACCAGGUUCAAUUAGGGAGCAUAGGGUAAAGGAACCGAUAGGAAGCAGUGAUUAUAAUAUGAUAGAAUUUAUCCUGCAGGGAGAAGAUAAAGUCAGAUGUAGCAGUAUUAUGGUGGAGUAAAGAGAAUUACAGAAGUGUGAGUGAGUAGCUGGCCAAAGUUGAUUGGAAGGGGACACCAUCAGGAAUGAUAGCAGAACUUCAGUGGCUGGAGUUUCGGGGGCAAAAGUGGAAGGCACAAGUCAGAUACAUUUCAUGUUUGAGAAGUAUUCUAAAAGAAGGGUGAGGCAAGCAUGACUGACAAAGGAUGUCAAAAACCACAUAUAAUAAAUAUAGGCAUAUAAUAUAGCAAACAUUGGCGGGAGGUGAGAGGACUGGGAAGCUUUUACAAACCAACAGAAGGCAACUAAAAAAGCCAUAAGGAAAGGAGAGAUGAAACAUGAAGGUAAAUCAUCCAAUAAUAUAAAAGAGGAUAGCACAAGAUGUUCCAGAAAUAUGAAGAGUAAAGAGAGGCAAGAGUGAAUAUUUGAACAUAGCAAUGGAGAACAAAGAAGUAACAGACGAACUUAGGUAGUUUGCAUCAGUCUUCACUGUGGAAGACAUUAGCACUAUGCUAGAAUUUCAAGAGUGUCAGGGAGCAGAAGUAAAAGCAGUUGCUAUUACUAAGGAGAAGGUGCUUGGGAAGCUGAAAAGUCUUAAGGUAGAUAAGUCACCUGGGCCCGAUGGAAUACAUGUCAGGAUUCUGAAAGGUAUCUGAAGAGAUUGUGGGGUUAUUAGUAAUAAUCUUUCAAAAAUCACUAAAUUCUGGAAUGGUUCCAGAGGAUUGGAAAAUUGCAAAUACCACUCUAAGAAGGGAGGAAGGCAGCAGAAAGGAAAUUUAUAGGCCAGCUACCCUGCUUUCAGAGGUUGGGAAGAUGUUGGAGUCCAUUAUGAAGAAUGAGUACUUGGACGCACAUGAUAGAAUGGGCCAAAGUCAGCAUGGUUUCCUUAAGAGGGAAUCUUGCCUGACAAAUCUGUUGGAAUUCUUUAGGAGGCAGAAUAGAUAGAGUCACUGGAUGUUGUUUACUUAGAAUUUCAGAAUGCCUUUGCCCUGGUGCCACAUGAGGCUGCUUAACAAAAUAAGAGCCCAUAUUACAGGAUAUUAUAUUAUAUUAUAUUAUAUUAUAUUACAGGAAAUAUACUAGCAUAAAUAAAAGAUUGACUGACUGGCAGGAGGCAAAGAGUGGGAAUAAAAAGAGGCCUAUUCUGGUUAGCUGCUGGUGACCAGUAGUGUUCCACAGGAGUCAGUAUUGGGAUUGCUUCUUUUCACAUGAUAUGACAUGGUUUGGAUGACAGAUUUGGUAGCUUUGUGGCUAAGUUUGUGGAUGAUACGAAGAUGGGUGGAGAGGCAGGUAGUGUUGGCGAAGCAGAGAAUCUCCAGAUGGAUUCAGACAGAUUGGGAGAAUGGGCAAAGAAGUAGCAGAUGGAAUAUAGUGUGAGGAAGUGUUUAGUCAUGCACUUUGGUAGAAGAAAUAAAGACAUAGACUAUUUUCUAAAUGGGGAGAAAAUUAAAAAAAUCAGAGGUGCAAAGGGACUUGGAGCCCUUGUUCAGGAUUUCCUAAAAGGUUAACUUGCAGGUUGAGUUGGUGGUGAGGAAGGCAAAUGGAAUGUUUGCAUUUAUUUUGAGAGGGCUAGAGUAUAAGAAAAAGGAUGUAAUGUUGAGGCUUUUUAAGGCAUUGGUCAGACCACAUUUGGAGUAUUGUGAACAGUUUUAAGCAUCUUAUCUAAGAAAAGAUGUGCUGGCAUUGGAGAAGAUCCAGAGCAGAUUCACGAGAAUGAUUCUGGGAAUGAUAGUGUUAAAAUGUAUGACAGGCAUUCUUUGGCUCUGGGCUUGUACUCGCUGGAAUUUAGAAAAAUUAGGAGCAUUUCUUUGAAACAUUGAAUAUUGAAAGCUUAGACAGACUGGAUGUGGCGAGGAUAUUUUCUACAGCAGGUGAGUCUAGGAUCAGAGACACAAUCUCAAAAUACAAGGACACCGAUAAAGAACAGAGAUCAAGAGGAAUCUCUUUACCAGUGGGUGGCGAACCUGUGGAGUCACUGAGUAUAUUUAAAGUGGCAAUUGAUUGGUUCUUGAUUAGUUAAGCCAUCAAAGGUUACGGAGAGAAGGCAGGAGAAUGAGGUUGAGACGGAUAAGAAAUCAGUUAUGAUGGAAUGGUGGAGCAGACUUAAUAGGCCAAAUGGCCUAAUUCUGCUUCUAUGUCUUAUGAUAUUCUUUGCCAGUCUUCUACGCUGUCUACAACACCAUCAAUCUUCAUAUCAUCAGCAAACUAAUUUGCUCACCCAUCUGCAUCUUCAUUCAGGUCAUUUAUAUUUACAUCACAAACAGCAGAGAUCCCAGAUCCCCGCAGAACACUACUAAUCACAGUUCUCCAGCUUGAAUAAGUCCCUUUGGCCACCAUCUUCUGUCUUCUAUGGCCAAGCUAGUUCUGAAUCCAAAUAGCCAAUUUAGCCAAUUCACCAUGGUUCCUAUGCAUUUGAAUCUUCUGGACUAAAAUCCAUCAAGACAACACCACAUUCACCACAAGCUCUACAUUCAUCACUCACUCUUGUCAUCUUGUCAAAAAACUCAACUAAGUUAGUACGACAUGGCUUGCCCUGUACAAAGCCAUGCUGGCUCUCCCUAAUUAGGCCAUGGUUUUCCAAAUGCUCGUAAGUCCUAUCCUGAAUAAUUCUACUUCCGAUCCCUAAUAAUUUCCUCCAGGACCACGCCUGUGGCUAAAAGGGACACCAAGAUAUUGGUUAAGACCCCAGCAAUCUCUUGCUUCUCUCAGUAAUCUGUGGUAUAUUCCAUCAGCUCAUAGAGACUUACUCGUCUUAAUGCUCUUUGAGACCCAACAAAACCUCCUCCUUUACUUUGAAAUGCCCGAGCAUAUUAAUACGCUUAUCACAGAUCUCCCUAUCCUCCAUAUCCUUUUCCUUGGUAAAUACUGAUGUAAAAUGCUCAUUAAGGACCUCACCCACAUCUGCUGCAUUUUGUCAAAAGUUCCUCCCUUUAUUCUUAAGUGGUCCUUGCUGUGUAUUUAAUAUUUCAGUAAUAAUUGAGUAAUAUUGUAAAUAUAUUGUUUGAUAAAACAUUCUUUUUGUUUAUAUAAUUCAUUACAGAUUUUAUGUCAAAGUACAUGGAUGACAUAUGUCAUUACAGCAACACAUCAUAAGUGUGUGCCUCACUAAAGUAAA